AAGAACUCCCCGAAAUAUCGUCACAUUUUCUGUUGGCGGCGUCUGCUGAGACCUGACUAGGACGUGUGAGAUGAGUGGCGGACGAGUGCCAUCCAGGUCAGAGGUCAUGGAGUGGAGCCCCCAGCAGCUAGCUGACUACCUGAGGAAGAUGAACCUGUCUGAUUGUGACAGAACAGUGUUGAAGAACUCUAUUAAUGGAAGCCGAUUUGUGAACCUGACUGAGAACGACCUGCAGAAAUUCCCCAAACUUCACACACCGAUUAUUUCAAAGCUCAGUGCUGACAUCAGCAAGAAGGAGGAAAGACGAGGCCUGUUUGGUAAAAAAACCAUGACACCUAGAUUUCUUGAACCGGCAAUUGACAUUCCUGAUUUGAGCGACGAUAAUUCUGACAAGGACGACUUGAAUGACUAUGAGAGUCCGAACAGCGGCGGGGACGACGCUGACGGAGGCAGUAGUCAGAGCGAUUACGAGAUCCCAAACGACGACGUGGACGGAGCCGAGCAUUAUGAACUUCCUCCCUCAGAACCUGCAGAGGACCUGGCCCAUAAACUGCGCACCGCCCUGACCCCCGGGGAGCCGGAAUACAUCGAUAACAAGGAUAAACAUGCGCCCUCUAGAGGCCUACACCCCGCUGUUAGCCCCCGCUCACAAGUCACCUCUAACGCAAAACUGCCAGGUAUAGAUCACGCACUGCACUCGAGUAGACGACCGUCAGAGAAGUUGCUCCCAGAACCACCAAAGAUCUUCCGUUGCAAAAAACCGGGACAGAAUUCGUCUCCCAAUCGAGGCCCCAAUGGUGCAGAGAGGCCAGGCAUACCCUCUCGGAGGCCUCAGGGGGAUGUAUCAGAUCCUCCCACUAGGUCCAAACCUGUUGCUUCUCCUCUAUCCUCCUCUGCCUCCAUCGGAAGGAGCAACUCCUCCGUCAGACCUUCUCCCAACCGAUUUGACGGAAUGAGAGAGCAAGCAAACAUUGAUGUACCAAAGCACAUGUUUCCAAUCCUUCAUAAAAAUGUGGCCUCCCGCCCUGCACUGCCUAGCCGCUGCGAACAAAGCAACAGUUUGCCUCCUGGUGUCACUUCAGUUGGGUCACUGCCUCUCCACGUUCACUCCGCGCCCGAUGUCCAAGGUUGGGAUGACGACGAGUUUGAUGACGAAGAGUACAAUGAUGACUAUGAGAACCCAGACAGUGGCAACGAGGGCAACGAUAAGAGUGACGACGACGCGACUAACGACGACAACAACUGGGCUGACAAUUACGAACCUCCUCCAUCGGAACCCUCGGAGGACCUGAGUCACAAGUUGUGCCUCGCCCUGCCUGUCGGAGAGGACGAUUACAUCGAUAAAUGUGUGUCAACAGGAGGCCCACCACCUGCCGUUAGUCUCCGCCCACCGGCUGCCUCUCUCCCGCCGCUGUCGCCCCGCAUGCCAGGCGAGUCGUUGCCCAGUAGAGAUCCCUCCCCGCACUGCGCUAGACAACCAUCAGGGAAGUUGCUGACAGGACCACCGCAAAUUUUUCGUGGUAACAAACCAGGAAACGGCUCGCCUCCCAUUCGAGGGCCCAACACAGAAGAGAGGCCGGCUACACAGUCUCGAAGGCCCCAUGUGGAUGUCCCGGAUCCUCCCUCCAGGUCCAAACCUGCUCCUCCUCCUCAUCCUGCUUCCUCGUCCGCCUUUGUCAGGCCUCCUCCCGACAGGUUUGAUGGUAUGAGGGAGACACACAAUGAAGCACGCAAGCACAACACGUUUCCCCUCCUCCAUAAAAAUCCGAACCCCCGCCCUGCACAGCCCAGUCGCCACGGAGACAGUUUGCCUCCUGGCGCCACUUCUUUGGGAUCAUUGCCACUUAGUGUUCACGCUGGCUAUUUGGAUAAUAGGAGCAACUUUGAUGGAUCUGAUCGUUUUCGUUCUCCCCUAAAACCUGCUUCAAAACAGGGGUUGGACCCUUGCUGGUACGUUGGUAAAGUCACAAGGAGUGAGGCUGAAGGGUACUUCAAACAAGUCAACAAGGAUGGGGCGUACUUGGUGAGGGACAGCUCUCACAAGCAGUCUAAUCAGCCCUACACACUGAUGGUCCUCUACCAGAACAAAGUCUACAACAUCCAGAUCCGGCAUCAGGACCAGCAGUUUCAACUCGGAACCGGACUCAAGGUUCAGGAGUCUUUCCCGACAGUGUGUGACAUCAUCAAACAUUACUCCCAGUGCCCUCUGCUUCUCAUCGACGCCAAAAAACGCUGUUCUGGUCAACAGAACCAGUGUCUACUCUCAGAUCCAGCAAAGAAUUACAUGGCGAAACCAUAAUGAUCUCUACAGGAGUUAUACGAGACAACUAAUUGUGAAUUUCUUCUCCAUUUGUCGCUUCUUCAAGAUUCAAAAGUAUUUGACAAAAUAACUGAGUGUUUUGGUCCUGUUUUCACCUGCGUAAAAAAUAAAGAAAUGAAUUACUCUAUGAA